UUUUUAUAUUAUCCUCAAUCUUUUAUCCCUCGCGGCUCUUCGACGCUUCUGUCAACUACAGCAGCUUUUAUCUUCUUCUAUAUUUGGUCUCUCAGCAUGAAAAUCAGUCUCGAUAUCGCUUGAGAAACAAUUUGAAAAAUAAAUAACAAGACCAAGAUGUCAGAGAGAGGAAUAUUGAAGAUGGCAAACGAUAGCUAGUUGGUUGAUGAGUUUUAUUUUUUAUAAAAAUUGUAUUGCAUCAAAUGAUGGUGGUUUGCCUGAAGCAUUGCAUCAACAACUUCAGCAGUUGAGUUAUCCUGAGGAUAGUGAAAUGGGGAUAUUUUUUGCACUUGCUGUUCCACUUGAUGAUCCAGUAUCAACAAAAUCACUAUCAGUUGCAUUUUUUUUUGAAGCAAAUUAUAAAUUAGAUAAAGAUGAAAAAGAAACAAUGGAUAAUUCAAGAGUUUACAGAUCAAUAGAAAAUAAUUUUAUGAGUCGUAAAAAAUUAUAUUCAAUAUUAGAAUCAAAACUUGAAAGUUUUGGCUUACCCGGUAAAUCUUGUAUUUUAAGAUUUAUUUGUGAAACAUCUGAAUGGUCAACAAUGCAUUAUCAUAAUGGACUAAUUGGUGAUUUAUUUCGACUUAUAUUUACAUUAAAUGUUGCCCUUUGGAUGGGUAUGUGUAAAGCCACUGAAAAUAGAUUUCCCAUCUGACGAGAUGAGUAGAGGACCAGUUGGAAUUAGUUUAGGGGGUAUGAUUUUAUGGGAAAAUACAUAUAUGAUAAAUAAUCUCAUGGUAGUUGUGUAUUGGUUGGUUGAAUCGAUUACAAACUCGUUUCACUUGAUCUAU